GAUUUUCCAAGCAGGCUUCUGUACUUGGUAGCAGCUGAUUGGCUGCUAUCAAAGUUGAGUUGGACUGCUAAGCCAGUCAACUGUGAAAACUCAGCUCAGGAUUCAGUCUUCUUUCUCAGUCUAUACAGGAAGAAUACUUGGGGAAAGAAAAGUGCAACUAACUGGACAUCCCAUUAAGAGGCACAUCAGCAGGAAGCCAGAUAAGAAGUGGAGCAGCCAGGACUUAAACCAGUGCCCACAUGGGAUACUGGCACUGCAAGCAGCAGUUCCACCUGCUACGCCACAGCGCCGGCCCCAGGAACAAAUAUUUCAGUGGCCAGAGAUGAUCUUGGGCUAAAGUCUGUGCCUUUUCUCCUAUCAUGUGAUGACCACUCAAAGAAGAUGGAAUCACCAUUUAUAUAUGUUAUCAUUUUACUUUUGAGCAUAUUUGAAUCCUUAUCAGGAAUAGAUUACAAUAAAGGUGAUAUGGGGAAACACUUUGCUUGUUCUAGCCAAGGGUUCCCCAAAGAAAAUGAAAUGAUCAAGUUGUAUCUGUCCACAGAGAACUUGAAAAUCCAGUGUUUUUUCCAAACUGAAAAUGAGCUAUCUUCAAAGGAUGUGAUAAGUGUGUUCACAUCAGGAGGACUGGCACCCAGCUUGGGAAUCAUAAAUAGUACAUAUAAUGGCAUCUUCCACUUUAAUUUAACUUUGUUCAGUGAUCAAGUGCUCUGGUUAAUUGAUAUUCCUAGAGAAAACAUCACAAGAAACACAGAUGUUGCAGCUGUAGAAGAAUGGUUGGUAAGGAUCACUUUACACCAUGGAUUAAAUAUUUAUGCCACAGAAGGGACUCUACUGGACAGUGUUAGAGAACCCAUUCUGCAGUGGAGUCUUGGGACUGUGAUGGCGCAAAGCGAGGUCAAUAAAUUAUCUCCACAUGUGGUAGAUCUCAAAGCAGCAAAAUGCCCCUGUGCCAACGAUGUGGCGUUACUUGGCUUCAUUUUGAAUACCACAUACAAUGGUGUUUACAUAGGCCUAAGUUUUUCUGGAUUUUGGAAUUAUCAUGAUACCAAAUGGUAUGACAUGACAGAUACUAUCUAUUCCCAACUUCGAGAAGAACACACAGACCUUACACUGAUAGAUAUGGCUUUAACCAAUCAUUUUUUAGUUAUCCUUACCUCCUUGGGUCUUUUUAUAAGUGAAGAUCUUCGUUAUCCAACACCCCAACACUUACAGCUUUCAAGGGCAGACUUUUGUGGUUUUGAAAGGGUCGACUAUGUUAAAGGAAAACUGUGGUACAAUGAAAGAUGUUUUGCUAACAGAGAACACUUUGAAGUGGAUUACGUUACUGUCACCUUUGACAGGAACCGAACCCUCAGUGAGUCAAGUGCCUGUUUUUAUAGUAAAGAACCAUUUCUUGAAUGGCAGCCUUGCUUACCUCACAUUUUAAAAGGAGUGAAAAGCGCCCCUUCAAGUGUCAUCACCUUUCUUGUUGACCAAGAGCGUGACACUGGAGUCUACCUCUUCCAUAACCGGAUCCAGAACAUCGCUACUGCCUCCGUGAACAUCCUAAACAAUAGCAAGCCAAAUCUGCUCCCGAAAUUCCCACUCUUCCAGUUUCCUUCCUCAUUCUCUUCUCCCGUGGGAAUGAUAUUCCAUCCCCGAAGUCACUUUCUGUACGCCUAUGGCAAUCAGGUUUGGCUUUCACUGGACGGCGGCAACACUUUCAAGUUGAUAGCUGACUUCCAUGGUGACAUCAUAACGAAGACGUAUCACAGUUUUUAUACUUCUGAUAUCACUUUUGUCUCCCAGAGCGGAAAGGUGUACUUGACAAAGGCAGGAUUAAGCAAAUACACUAAGAUUGGAAAUGUUGCCGAUAAAAUCUUCACAUUAUACUAUGACCACUUGGGAUUCAUACAUAAACUGACUCCAGAUCACUUUGAAGCUGGCAGGUCAAUCUCCACCUUAGAAAAUUCUAGAAGUAUUUUUGGACAGGCUCCUGAUAUGGGCUUUGAGACUGCACUAGCUCCCCAGUAUAUCUCCUUAAACGAAAUGCUCUUUUUUGCAUACGUACCUCUGAAUGAGCCUCCGGAAACUGUCCACACCAAGAAAUUCAAGAAUAUUCACUAUGGAAAACUGAUACGCUCCAGGAAAACUGGAACAGCUUACAUAAGAAAGAUAUUGCAACAUGAGAUUCCCACAGGAUUUUUGUCCUCGGUUAUUACAGAAAUGAUAGAUCCUUUUGGAAUAGAGGAAGUCAAUGAGAGCUCGUGUUUGUCCAGCUCCCUUUAUAUUAAUCAGUCUGGAAACUUCUCCUAUAAACUUACUCUUGACCCCCAAAAUGCUAAAGCCUUAUUUCAAGAUACAGACAUAGAGAAGACGGUGGUGAUUCCUGGUCACAGCAGCUUCCUAAUCACCAGCAUUUUAGAUGGGAAGAAUGCUUUAGCUAUCGCUACCAUGCCUAACAGGGUCCCCAACAAUGUGACCUUUCUAAAGGACUCCUGGUUCUUGUACAACUUCGGGCAAAGGAAUGGACGGACGUGGAAUAUAUACUCAAAGCCGUGUAAUUACUGGCUUCAGCAAUCUGAUGAUUCAACAUCCCUCAACAUCGUGAAAUACGUUGACCUGGGGAACUCCCAGAAUUUAGAGGUUAAGAUCAUACCUAAUACAAAAGGGCUGCGCAUACUUGAAACACCGCUGGUGGAAGUAUUGGUUGGGGACCCAACUUUGCUAGAAGUUAAAGCCAAAGGCAUUUUUGAUGAUGCUGACAGUUACAUUAUGGAAAUUUCUGUAGUCAGCAGAGCUUUACGUCAGGGUUCGACGUCGCUGGCACUGGUCGUCUGGGAAGCAGCGACAGAAUGCUUUGUUACAACGAUCGUGCCCACGCUGAAGAGCAGCUGCAGUUACCUCCGAGCCAUGCGCCACAUUCCGAGCGAAUCCAUCCCAGUGGAAGACUGGAUCCAAGGAGUCCACAGAGACAGCCAGGGUUUCAACAUGAUCAAAACUCUGCCGGUAAACUACAGGCCCCCAUCUAAUAUGGGAAUUGCUAUUCCACUUACAGAUAAUUUUUAUCAUGCAGAUCCUAGCCAACCCAUACCAAGAAAUCUAUUUCACAAGUCAAAGGAAGCUGGUAAAUACAAACAGUGUGCAAAUGUGUCCACCCGGGAGGAGUGUAACUGCACAGACGCCCAGAAGUUGUCGUAUGCUGUCGCUUUCUCCGACUGCAGAGAGAAAGUUCCUCGUUUUAAGUUUCCAGUCACACAAUAUCCAGUUUCUUUGAAAAUUUUCAAUGAGUCUGUACUUAUCCCAGUGAAAUCUCCAUAUCUGGUUACUGUGACUGAAGUGAAUUUGAGGAAAAACUGGCAGCUAAAACACUCCGUGCCAGUAAAGAUUAAAAAGCUGAAAAACUACUUAGAACCACUUCUGCAUGCUUCAGUAUAUAACCCUUUAGGUCUCAACUUAAGUAUAAAGGGCUCUGAGCUUUUUCACUUCAGAGUAUCCGUUGUCCCAGGGGUCACCUUCUGUGACUUGGUUGAAGAAUUUCAGAUCUACGUGGAUGACGCACCCCUGCCAUUCCCAGGACACACGCUCAUCGCUGUCGCUGCCGCCGUGGUGCUGGGGGGCUUAAUUUUCACAGCGUUUAUGUUUCAACUGCGUGACAUCCACCCGUGGAGUACGUUCUGGAAAUGGAUGAGGACCAGAAUGAGUGCCGCUUAGCUGUCACAUACGGAGGUCUGGAGAGCGGACCAAAGAAAACCCCAAGUUCUUUUUAUUUCCUAGUUUUACUAAGCGAUUCCUAGAACGGUAUAUUUGAAUUUUAAAUAUGCAGUCAAGAUAAAAUACUACAGAAUUACCAUUGCACUCAGGUGUCUC